AUGGAGAAGAAGGAAGACAGUGAGAUGGAGAAGAAGGAAGACAGUGAGAUGGAGAAGAAGGAAGACAGUGAGAUGGAGAAGAAGGAAGACAGUGAGAUGGAGAAGAAGGAAGACAGUGAGAUGGAGAAGAAGGAAGACAGUGAGAUGGAGAAGAAGGAAGACAGUGAGAUGGAGAAGAAGGAAGACAGUGAGAUGGAGAAGAAGGAAGACAGUGAGAUGGAGAAGAAGGAAGACAGUGAGAUGGAGAAGAAGGAAGACAGUGAGAUGGAGAAGAAGGAAGACAGUGAGAUGGAGAAGAAGGAAGACAGUGAGAUGGAGAAGAAGGAAGACAGAAAGAAACCAGUGGAAGGAAGACAGAAAGAAACCAGUGGAAGGAAGACAGAAAGAAACCAGUGGAAGGAAGACAGAAAGAAACCAGUGGAAGGAAGACAGAAAGAAACCAGUGGAAGGAAGACAGAAAGAAACCAGUGGAAGGAAGACAGAAAGAAACCAGUGGAAGGAAGACAGAAAGAAACCAGUGGAAGGAAGACAGAAAGAAACCAGUGGAAGGAAGACAGAAAGAAACCAGUGGAAGGAAGACAGAAAGAAACCAGUGGAAGGAAGACAGAAAGAAACCAGUGGAAGGAAGACAGAAAGAAACCAGUGGAAGGAAGACAGAAAGAAACCAGUGGAAGGAAGACAGAAAGAAACCAGUGGAAGGAAGACAGAAAGAAACCAGUGGAAGGAAGACAGAAAGAAACCAGUGGAAGGAAGACAGAAAGAAACCAGUGGAAGGAAGACAGAAAGAAACCAGUGGAAGGAAGACAGAAAGAAACCAGUGGAAGGAAGACAGAAAGAAACCAGUGGAAGGAAGACAGAAAGAAACCAGUGGAAGGAAGACAGAAAGAAACCAGUGGAAGGAAGACAGAAAGAAACCAUACCACAGUUCAUCAAGAGUAG